AUGGACGUUCAUUCUUGCAGAUGUUCCCACUGGAAUACUGAUUAUCGAAUUUUGCAGUACUAUGAAUUGCUUGUCGAUUUACGUAAACUGCAGUUGAUCAACCCAACGUCGAAUGUCAAAUUCACGGGUCUCAAAGCCGGACCAAACGUUUACCGACUCACGGGUUUAAAGCCUGAUAUCCCUGAUAUCCAGACAUUGAUCGCCCGAUUCCCCAUGUUGACUAAACCUGUUGAGGAUUUGACACUAGCGGCUGCUCGCGUUGCACACUACAUAGUCACUAAGGAUGCACCAGUCACGGCAACUUGCGGUACGUUAGCGCCCUGUUUGAAUUUUCAAAGUGCUUGUGAUCGAAAGUAUUUUUACUCAGCCAAUUGUGAAAUAUCAAUAGAUAUUUGA